CAUCGAAAAUCGAAAAGAAGAAGAAAAUACUACAGAAAGAGAAAGCUGAAGAGAUUUUGAUUUGUACAGAGAGAUGGGAAGACCGAUCGGAAUCGGUUUUCUCCUUGUUCUCUCUCUAUUCUUCUUCACUCUAUUGAUUUCAACAGGAAAAUCUUCUUCUCAGGAGUUUGAAGAAGGUGCUGCUGCUGCAAGAACUCUUGCUGAAGAAGAUGAGCAUGCUCAUAAAGUGCACUGUUCCAGAGAACGGAGUAGGGCAGCCUGGAAAAUUAUUGAUGAGUAUUUGAUGCCGUUUGUGGAGCAAGAGCAGUAUCAAAUUUCAACUAGAUGUAGGCUUCAUCCUGAUAAUGACCUGUUUAGAGAUCAGGAGCAGCACAAGAUUCACAUGGAUAUAAAUGAAUGGAAGUGCGGAUAUUGCAAGAAAAGUUUCCGUGCUGAGAAGUUUAUUGACCAGCAUUUUGAGAACAGACACUACAAUUUGCUGAAUGUUAGCCAUAGCAAGUGCUUGGCAGAUUUAUGCGGGGCUCUACAUUGUGAUCAUGUAAUGGAGUUCAAACAGAGUAAAAAGACUAAAUGCAACCCUGCAGCUGCUUCAAGAAAUCAACAUCUUUGUGAGAGCCUUGCCAAUAACUGUUUUCCCACAAAUGCAGGUCCUUCAGCCAGCCGUCUUCAUGAAUUGUUUUUACGCCAAUUCUGUGAUGCCCAUACCUGCACUGGAGGGGUGAAACCUUUUGCCAGAGGGCGCAAAAAGAGUGCAGGCAUAUUUUACAUAGCCCUUUCGAUAUUGACUUUGAUGCUGCUGCCUUUGUUUUACGUUAUUGUCUAUCUGUAUCAUAGGGAAAUGAAAACGGGUAUUCAAGACCUGAACCGUAUCUCAAAAAUUAAGCAGAAGACAAAGCCUUCUUAGUUGGUAAAAUUUUGGAACCAGUGACAUCUGCACGAGAAGAAUUAUGUUUUGGAGGCUAUGGAGGAUUGCGAUAUCACAAGCUAGUGUCAAGCUUGAAAAUUGCUUGUUUGGGGCUGAAAAAGCAUUUUAAUUCUUUCUAAGCACUGGUCUUUCAUUUGAAAGAUAGGCUUCAAAAUGUAUCUCUGUAAAAUCAAAUAUCAAAAUUCAGUUGAGUCGGUUCCUUGACUUCAGCAGAAUCAAGAAGAAUCCCAAAGAUGUAUACUAACACUGAACAAUGAUGUUUCAAAUCUCCAUCACUUGUAAUAGAGUUUACUUUUAGAAGCUUAAAUGUGAAAUGAAGAUGCACUGAACUGUAUUUGAAUAUAUUUGAAUAAACAGUUCACAAGUUCCUCAAUUGUAUCGUCUUCUAAUUACUGAAGAUUUAAGGU